AGACCUGCCUCCGUCAUCUCAGACAAGUCGCCGACAAGCAACACUGGCCUACUACUCUUUCCUUCCACAAUCGUUUUGCCCACUUUGACGCUCAUUCAGCACACACAGCCCCUCGGCAACAUCGUUAAUACCAUCCUCGCAUUUUCAGCUGAUCGGUUUUUUCAACACCCAUUAUUCGAUUUGAUAGUCCGAGACAAGGCAUUCUCUCAUCAUCGUUUCUUCGAGCCUCUGCGAGAGACACCAAAUAGACUCAGUUGCCGCAAGUCGAACGUUCGAUCACGUCUUCUUCGCCGCGACAAUUUGCAUCAGUACUUUCUAAUAUUCACAUCAACAACUUCGCGUCUUUUGACUGCCCUCAACAUACAUCUCUUCUCCGACCACAUUUCGCGUCACGCCUGAGUCUUGAUCACGUCGCAAUGGACGCUGGAAGUCUCGCUCAGAUGUCACACGCUCAUCUCAACCAGGCACACGGCCUGACCAUGGGCUCUGGUCUGGCAUCCCGGAGGGGAGGCCAGAACAUCAAGCCGCUUUCGUUCGAAGCUCUCAAGUCGCCCACCGAGCGAGACAACGGCGUGCCUACGCCGCGCACUAGCCGGUCCCAUCUGCUGGCCGGUCUCCGCACUGCUCCCAAGUCGGCCACUGCCGCGAGCUUCCCGAACCUGCCUUCGCCGACAACGGCCAUGCCCCAGGGCCGGAACCGCAACUCCAUGGCUCCCGGAAUGUACGACUCGGCCAGCCUGUAUGGACCCAAGACGUCGAUGCCUCGAUUCGCUAGCCAGCAGCAACCCCAGCAGUCUCAGCAGGCCCAGCAGCAGGCUCAGCAGCAAGCCCAGCAGCAGGCUCAACAGCAAGCUCAGCAACAGGCUCAGCAACAGGCUCAACAACAGGCUCAGCAGCAGGCUCAGCAGCAGGCCUACAAUCAGCAGGUUGCUGCCUUCAAUCAGCAGUACACCGCCGAGCAGGUGCUGGCCCCGCCGCAGCUGCAACUGGAUGAUAACCGCGAGCAGAUUGAUCCCAAUCUUCACGCCCAGCUCCUGUACACCAACGCCUACUUGUCCGACCAGCAGCAGCGCCUGCAACAGCAGCUCAAGGCCCUCCAGGCGGCGGCCCAGCAAUUCCAGGGACUGAACAUCAACGGUCACCCCCAGAUGAUGCAGCAGGGCUACCAGAACCUGUACCAACAGCAGCUGCAGAACGUUCAGGCCAUGAUGGCGCCGGCCACGCCGCAGGCUGGUGUGUAUACCGUCUACGAUCCCGUCACCGGGGCUCCCGCUCUGUAUUUGGACCAAAACCAAGCCCAGGCCCACCAAACUCAGCUCAAUGCUCAGCUCCAUGGGCAGCUCAACGCCCAGCUUGCGAACCAGGCCCAGCUGGCGAACGCAUAUGCCAAUAUGCAGCAGCCCGCCGUCGGGACUCCGCGCCUCCAGGUUUCUCCUCCGCCCUCGGUCCCGAAUGCAUCAGGCUUCCGGAUGCCGUCGCCGCCGCGCCGAUACGAUUCCCCGGCCGAGACCCACGCCCCUCUGCCGCCCCCGAGCGCCAACGCCUUCCGCCGGGGUCAUAAGAAGACCCCGUCGGUCUCCAACAAGGGCCAUUUGUCGAUUGCGACCAACGACGAGCCCCUCAAGUCGACUGGCCCCAAGACUGCAUCGUUCCCGCUCACGCCUUUGACUGCCGGUUACGGACCUGGCCAAGGUCGGGCUGGCGAGCACCCCGUCCGGCAGCCCCGGAACCCGCCCUCCAUGGAUGAGCUCAAGUCCAAGCCGACGUCCAAGCACGAAGGCAGCAAGAACUUUGUGACGCGUACCCGCCGGUCGGCCAUCCACAACCUCGUGCGGGCUGGUCUUGAGAGGCGCAAGGAAGCCCGGAGCUCUGGCAGCAUCAGCCCUAUUUCGGAGAGCACCGAAGAGCUCGUCGAGACGCCCAUGACGGAUAAUGACAGCGAUUCCGGCCGUAGCGGGUCGGGCAGCUUGAUUGACCGCGACGAGUGCAGCUUGCCCAGCUCGAGAACUAGCACUGGCAGCUGGGGUGCUAUUGGCUCCGACCGGCCGAGCUCGCGGCAAAAGACGCAUCGCUCCAGCGUUGACAGCGCUCCAUCGGACUCGGAGAAUGCGCCGGGCAGCUUCGCCAGUCUGCUUAAGAACAGCAACCGCACCAUCAAGGCCGGCGGCGACGUGCACCGCAAGGCCCGCCUCGUUCUGGGCAGCUCUGAGAAGCGCAAGCUCGCUGUCUAGUCGACAAUGGGAUUUGGAGGAU